UUGUUGGGAGAAGGAGGGGGNGAGGUCUUGCGAAGCCGGUCCGCUGAGGCNCGACGGGCGGGGCUGAGGAUGGAGGUGACUGCGUUCNCGGCGACGGUUGGGGCUGCGCGCGAGGCGGCAGCGGAGUAGGUGGUGGAGAUACGGGCAUGGCGGGGCGGCCCCUCGGUGCUCCUUAGGCGCCGGAGCCAUGGGCGCUCUGAGCAGCCGGGUGCUGCGGCCCACAGGGCGCACAGAGCAGCCCGAACCCACGCCCGGGGCUGGGGGCGCGGCCCGCAGGUCGGACGCGGGCGAAGAUGCGGCCCACAGCUUCUGUUACUGUCCGGGCGGGCGCAAGCGCAAGCGCAGCAGCGGCACAUUCUGCUACUGUCACCCCGACUCCGAGACAGACGACGACGAGGACGAGGGCGACGAGCAGCAGAGGCUGCUGAACACGCCGCGCAGGAAAAAAUUAAAGAGCACAUCGAAAUACAUCUACCAAACGCUGUUUUUGAAUGGUGAAAACAGUGACAUUAAGAUCUGUGCUCUAGGUGAAGAGUGGAGCUUACACAAAAUCUACUUAUGUCAAUCUGGCUACUUCUCUAGUAUGUUCAGUGGUUCUUGGAAAGAAUCCAGCAUGAAUAUNAUUGAACUGGAGAUUCCUGACCAGAACAUUGAUAUAGAAGCACUGCAGGUCGCAUUUGGAUCACUGUAUCGAGAUGACGUCUUAAUAAAGCCCAGCAGGGUCGUUGCCAUUUUGGCAGCAGCUUGCAUGCUGCAGUUGGAUGGUUUGAUACAGCAGUGCGGUGAGACAAUGAAGGAGACCAUCUCUGUGAGAACUGUGUGUGGCUAUUACACAUCGGCAGGGACCUAUGGACUAGACUCUGUAAAGAAAAAGUGCCUCGAGUGGCUGCUGAACAACCUCAUGACUCACCAGAGCGUGGAACUUUUCAAAGAACUCAGUAUAAACGUCAUGAAACAGCUCAUUGGUUCAUCUAACUUAUUUGUGAUGCAAGUGGAGAUGGAUGUAUAUACAGCUCUUAAAAAGUGGAUGUUCCUUCAGCUGGUGCCUUCCUGGAAUGGGUCUUUAAAGCAGCUUUUGACAGAAACAGAUGUCUGGUUUUCAAAGUGGAAAAAAGACUUUGAAGGGACGACUUUCCUUGAAACUGAGCAGGGAAAACCAUUUGCGCCCGUGUUCAGACAUUUAAGGCUACAGUACAUUAUCAGUGAUCUGGCUUCUGCAAGGAUCAUUGAGCAGGAUUCUCUGGUACCUUCAGGUAAGAUUUUCUACAAAAGCUCAUGGUUCUUGUAUCAUUUUAGGCCUCAAGAAAUCAAUAAAGAAGAACUUGAGGGAAACAGCAUGAGGUGUGGUCGGAAGCUUGCCAAAGAUGGUGAGUACUGCUGGCGCUGGACAGGCUUUAAUUUUGGCUUUGACCUCCUUGUGACUUACACCAAUCGAUACAUCAUUUUCAAACGCAAUACGCUGAACCAGCCAUGUAGUGGAUCUGUCAGCUUACAGCCUCGAAGGAGCAUAGCGUUUAGAUUGCGCUUGGCUUCUUUUGACAGUAGUGGGAAACUCAUAUGCAGUAGAGCAACUGGCUACCAAAUACUGACGCUUGAAAAAGACCAGGAGCAAGUGGUGAUGAACUUGGACAGCAGACUUCUGAUCUUCCCUCUGUACAUCUGCUGUAACUUCUUGUAUAUAUCACCAGAAAAAAGAACUGAGAGUAAUCGUCACCCAGAAAACCCAGGACACUGAGGCACUCAUCGGUGGCCAGUUUUAACUUAAUGACCUACUGCGUUCACGUCCAAGGUGACUAACAGUGACCAGCCUUAUGAACUGUGGGACGCUGGAGAUGUCCUCACCUUCAUUACAUUUCUAUGCACAUAUGAAAAAGUAUUUUAAAACUAAGAAAGCAUCUGUCAAACCAUGUAUGUUAAAAGGAUAUCAACUCUUGCUUUAAUUUAGUAGCAGUAGAAAUUGCUAUAGGUAAAUUUCUCAUUUCUUUGCAACAAGAUACAGAUUUAAUUUUGAGCUUGAAUUUCGAUCCUAUCUAAUGUUAGUGAGUUUACUCAUCUGUAAAUGUGUUCCUGUUUUGUUAAGAGAAUGCUAAGGAUGGAGUUUGAGUGGCCAAUCAUAAAUGCUCUUUCAAUUGGUGCCUUUAAAGCUGUCCUUUCAUUUGUUCAGCCACCCGGUGAAGUCUUGUGUUCAGCUGAGAUCCUUUCCAGAAGCCUCUUCGUUUUAGCCGUCAGAUCCUUUGUCAUGGUUUGGGAGACUAAGCUUAGGAGUUGGCUUUGGUUCGUUUUUCUUUUUUCUUUUUUUAUUCUAAAUAUAAGCAUUUUCAUAUUUUUUUAAACUUUAACUUUCCUACAGUUUUAAAUGACAACAAGAAUCAGCUUUAGGACUUGAAAUAAACUUGAAUAAGGGAAAUCAGUUUGAUUCUGAGGAUAUUCCUUCGCCUUACGUGCAUGGUCUUGUCUGGCAUUCUGUGUACUCUUAUGUUAUGAAUUAUUUAUGUACAGCUACAUCUUCACACAUUUUCAUAUUCUCUGAUAGUUGGAAUUUAUGUUCAAAUUUUAGUUGGGAAUCUUGUUUCCUAUUAAGCUCAGGACUUUAUAACCUCUGAACUGAGUGCCUUUGAGUCACAUACAUAAGUAGAUUUCAUGGUGAAUGUACAGGGGGAGCUGGGAACAAAACAGUCAUGUUAGAACAACUUCUUUUGUCAAGAAUAAGAUGUAUGCUCAUCCUGAUGUGUAUGUAUCGGUUCCUUGUGUUUAUUGCUAUUGAAAAUAGCCCGGAUCAUUGUCCUCCAGUCAGAGUAAGUGCUUUUGUGGUUGAUGUGUGGUUUUAGUAUUUUUUUAAAUUGGAAUCAUUUUUAUGUAUCUAUUCAAAUAAUAAAUGCUCAUUUGGAA